AUGCCCGAAGACACGCCCGUCAACCCCUUUCCGCCCGACAUCCUACGUUGGUAUGUAGCCAGAGGUCGCAACAAAGGAUUGCAGGUGAUUGGACCUUACGUUACGACAGAACAUGAUACAAGUCUCCUCACCAAUCGCUUGCAUGCGCAAGGCGAAGGCGAAGGCGUCAUGAGAGAAUGGAUAGUGGAAGCCCUGGAGGAUCAAACUACUAGUGGCAAAACUUUGGAGGUGACAACUGGUGGCGGACAAGUUAUGUUUUCAAUUAGUGCCACGUGGGAGAUAAACAAGGACCUCGCAGAUGCAGUGAAGGGUGUUACGGAUGCAGCGCCGAUACUUUUGUACUCCGUAACUGGAAGAUUGGUAAACAAGGACUUUCCUGAAGUACUUGCAAUGGAUGGACUUCAGCCUACAAUUGGACGGUAUAUCAAUACGGACGGACUUCUACCCUUCGCUUAUGACAGAAAUUUCAAGUCGUUCCUGAGCAAAAACGAGGCCCUUGAGUGUGCGAGAGAACGCCUAGAUGACGGCGGCUCUUAUGGUCAUGUCAUCUGGCCUUUGGAAGGGGGAGUCAUCGAAGGCUCGCUCGUUGGCGCAAUCAUACAUGGGCAUUCGAACAAGGUGAUAGAACUGGUGGUUGUGACGGAAUUUCGUGUAGGAGAGACGGAGAGGAAGGAUACACGUGGUCUUAUUGACCCGGUUUGA